CGUAACCCGGAAGGGGAAUCCUUUGAAGGCUGUAGUGUUGAUGUUUUCAAGCUGUUGUUGCUUUGGAUUCUAGGGAAGACACGGCGAAAGGAUGGUGUGCGAAAAAUGUGAAAAGAAACUUGGUACUGUUAUCACUCCAGAUACAUGGAAAGAUGGUGCUAGGAAUACCACAGAAAGUGGUGGAAGAAAGCUAAAUGAAAAUAAAGCUUUGACUUCAAAAAAAGCCAGAUUUGAUCCAUAUGGAAAGAAUAAGUUCUCCACUUGCAGAAUUUGUAAAAGUUCUGUGCACCAACCAGGUUCUCAUUAUUGCCAGGGCUGUGCCUACAAAAAGGGUAUCUGCGCGAUGUGUGGAAAAAAGGUUUUAGAUACCAAAAACUACAAGCAAACAUCUGUCUAGAUGUAUUGAUGAAGUUUUUUGGCUUUCUAUGUAAUUUUACUUUCUGCUUUGAAUUUUCAAGGCAUAACAUUGAUGUUCAACUUAUAAAAUAACAUGUUUUAAGACAAAUAAGUCUAAACCAGGGAAGUUGAUUGAUAUUCAUUCUUUUGCUCUCAAGAAGUUCUAAACAGCAACAAUGUCACUAGUCUUCUGCUUUAAGUGGUUAUUUUCUUUAUAAGCAUUUUAUCGAACUAGAAUAAGUAGCAAAUCUAAUGAAAAUCAUUUCCCAGUUUUGUAUGCACUUUUAUUUAACAUUAUUCAUAUAAUUCUUAUCCCCCCCACUUUAUUUAUAAAUAUUGCAAAAGUAAGAAGAUUACAGAUAUUUUGCUCUGAACUUGGCAUCCAGACUUAAAAUUCUUCCCUCAUUCUGUUACUGGUGGCAUAGUGCUUAGAAUCAGCUUUCUCUAAAUUAAUUGCAGUUUCAUAGGAUAUUUAAAUGUUUGAGGCCAUUAUUGCUGAAUGGCUCCUUAGUAAUUAGCCCAGACGCAAAUCAAAGACAAGUUGGACUUGUGAUUUUAAAGUUGUUCUUGAAGUCAAAGUGCUAGUCCCUUCCAUAUGUGAACAAGAGCACAAGGUACACCCACCCGUAUGUCCAAAUGAAUACACUGGAUUUCAGAAAAACAUAUACAUAUUACCUUGAAUUCAAAUUGUCAUGAAAACCAGAAGAAUGGUGUUCAUCCAUGUUGAUGUGUAAUGAAAAUGAAUCCCUACUCUUUGAGAAAAGCUCUUUGAAGCAGAAACCAAACUUUUUUUUAGCUGCCUGCUUUGACUUCCAAAAAGAAAUAAAUAGAACAAAGCAAACAUCUUGA